UUGGAAAGCAAACCAUGACCCGGAAUCGAGCCGUUGACUUCCGAAGGCUCCCUGGUCUAUAAGGGGCCAAGCAGAUCUCUUCAUAUCUUGCAACAGCAGCAGCAGCGGAGGAGGAGCGGAGCUCCAGCCAUGGCAGAGAAGGGCGUGAAGGUGCUGGGCAUGUGGGCGAGCCCGAUGGUGAUCCGGGUGGAGUGGGCGCUCCGGCUGAAGGGCGUGGAGUACGAGUACGUCGACGAGGACCUCGCCAACAAGAGCGCCGACCUGCUCCGCUACAACCCGGUGACCAAGAAGGUGCCCGUCCUCGUCCACGACGGCAAGCCUAUCGCCGAGUCCACCAUCAUCGUCGAGUACAUCGACGAGGCCUGGAAGGGCGGCCACCCCAUCAUGCCGGCCGACCCCUACGAGCGUGCCCAGGCGAGGUUCUGGGCCAGGUACGCUGAAGACAAGUGCAACCCCGCGCUGUACCAGAUCUUCACCACGACCGGCGAGGCGCAGCGCGAGGUGGUGCGCGCGGCCCAGCAGUGCCUCAAGCCCCUGGAGGCGGCGCUGAAGGGGCGGAGGUUCUUCGGCGGCGACGCCGUGGGCUACCUCGACAUCGUCGUCGGGUGGCUCGCGCACUGGCUGCCGGUCAUCGAGGAGGUGUCCGGCGCCAGCGUCGUCACCGACGAGGAGCUCCCGCUGAUGAAGGCCUGGUUCGGCCGGUUCCUCGCCGUGGACGCGGUCAGGGCGGCCCUGCCCGACAGGGACAGGCUCCUCGCUGCCAACAAGGCCCGCCGCGAGCAGAUCCUCUCCUCCGCCGCGUAGACGGCUUGCUAGGGAUUCUAGCGCAUGACACGCACCAUCAACGCCAUCUAUAUAUAUAGCAGAAUAAGGAUUGCACGGGCACGUUGUGCAACAGAGGUUUGGAAGACCAUUUUACCCAUGUAAAUCGUUACUAAUUACUAUGCUGUUGAAUCAUACGAGUUGCCUACUUAUUCGGUUA